CUUUCUUAGCGUUAGAGUUGACUUUAUGCAGCAUUUAUAGGCUCUAUAAUGUGCUGCUAUCUAUACGUAGCAACUUUAUUACUAGGGCUGUUCUACAUUUCGUUUGAUGCUUCUUAGUAAUCCUCUAUAUAGAUAUAUCUAAAUGAGCCUGUAUUAGUCUCAUGCUGCUUCUGGGCUAGUGCAGCUCUUUGCAUUUGCUUUAUGUAAGCGUGUUGUUUGUAGCAUUAGGAUUUCUCUUUUUGCCUUUAUUAUGAGCAAACUGUGAGUGUGCAGCAGUUGGUAAACUACAAGUAACUGCCUAGUAUUGCUGGGAGUAGGAGAGGCCAUGCCUGGUGAGAGGAAGAAGCUCACCAUGAACUGAAGAUUUCUCUUCCAAGCCCCAGACUGGCACUUCAAGUGUGAAUAGUCCACGAUCAAACAAUCCAUGCCGUCUUCUAAAGGUGCCUACUUUCCUGCUGUUUGGUAGAUCCUCACACAGACAGCUUAGGUUAAUGACUGAAGAAGCCAGUCCGUUUAUCAUGGAGGACUACACCACCAGAACCUAUGGAACUGGGGGCAUAGACAACAGACCUUUGUUUGGGGAGACCUCAGCAAGGGACAGGAUCAUUAACCUAGUUGUUGGUGGACUAACAUCUGUGUUUGUACUUGUAACAAUCGUCAGCGCUUUUGUUUUUCCACAUACCCCCCCGAAACCAGUGAAUAUUUUCUUUGCCUUCUGCAUUUUCUUGUGCUCAGUAACUGGAAUUAUUCUAAUUUUCUGGUACAGACAAGGAGACCUAGAACCAAAAUUUAGAAAUCUCAUCUAUUAUAUUUUGUUUUCAAUUAUUAUGUUAUGCAUAUGUGCCAACCUAUAUUUUCAUGAUGUGGGCAAAUGAAGCGGCACUAGAACAUGAUCAGAACUGCACUGGAAACAAUGUUCUAUGGAGGAAAAUGGCUGAACAAAGGACUUGUGAUUCUUUUAUGCAAGAAAUGGCUUAAACCAUAAAACAAUUUUGUGUUGCACUUAAUCCAAAAGCGAGACUUUCCCCUUUGCCAACUCGGACACAAGGAACACAAACUUGGCACCGGAUAUGUGAAAUAUUCUUUAUUUUGUUUAAAUAUAAUACAGUGGUUUCUUUCUACUAUGCAACAAAUGCCAGUAUCUACUACUUCACAUUGCCAGAAGAGUAAUAUUAGCUUGUACAGGACAAUUUAAGGGUUUAAUAAAUUAAAACAAAAAAGCGCUACACCUUUCUCCUUAAUGGCUGCAAACUGAAGGCAUCACCAGCCUUGGAUGUUGCAAUGUUUAGAAAUAAAUGACAUUUGCAAUGAUUCUGCUUCUAAAUAUGGCGGAAUUGCAGAUAACAUUGACUUCCUGUAUUAUAUAGAGUUGACUAAUGGAAAAAAAAAAUCUGUUUAAAAUAAUUCAAGUGAAAUCUUUGGUAUUUCUUUAGACUCUAGAGAUAGUCAUGGUACACAGCUU